AUGCCGACCGCUCCGACAAGUGAGCUCAGCCAACUCUCUCUCGACAGCAGCAUGCCCCCGUUGCUAGCCGGCGCACCCGGGCGCACUCGUGGCCAGAUCAGAGAGGACGUGUCGAGCUCCGAAGACGACACCGACUCGCACGGUUCCGCAACGGCUGGUGAUAGCGACGAGGAUGAGGACUCCUCCCUAGUCCGGUCGCCUACUCGGCUCACCUACCACCUGGGCGGGCUGCCCCGAAGCAUCCAGGGAGCGGCUCGAGACGCCUUUCAGGAUCCGCCCAAGAUCACUCUUCAGUGCUGUCGGCUAAAGGACGGCGUGUACGCCUUCCAGAUGACCGAGCUGCUCGCCAAGCAAACCCUGUAUAAUCGCAACUCCAAUACUCCCCUGUCCCUCACCGUCCACGGAUACCCGGCCGAGGUAGGCCAUCCCUUCACAGACAUCUCCAAUUUCCACCUAGACCUCCUAGCCGAGAGCCUCCACUGCGAUCUCGUUGACCCGGAAUGCGACCGAGACGGAGACUUGGACGAAAGCCAAAAGUUUCGCCCCGACAUCUUCACUGCUCCUCAUCGAGGCAAGAAGCCCCUGAAGAGAGGCGACUUGGAGCAGACCCUCUUCCGCAUGCUUCUCGAUAACAAACAACUCUUCAACGAACUAUACUCGCUCACCCGAUACACCGAUCCCAUCAAGGAUCCUUUCCGAAGGCUGUCUCAGCGCGCCGCUCGCGUAUUUGCCGAACUGGAUACAUACUGCUCCGAGCUGCACAACGCUAGCGUAUCAGGACCCCGCAGCUUGUCCCCGAGCUCUUCUUCCUCCGUUUCGCCAGCUGGGUCUUUGGCUCCUAGAACCGAAACACCGUGCAAUGUCUCCUGGGCGGCGCACCAUAUUUUGGGCAUCGUGUCUUCUAUCCGCGCGGCAGUUUAUCCCCUCCAUGCCUCUACCCCUUUUCAGCGUAUCGGUGCUGCCCGAGCAUUGGUACGAAUUCUUUCCGGGGUCUCGGACCGUAACGGCGACGUGAAUCCUGGUUCCGUGCCAGCCGAGCGCAAUCUUUACGCUCGCCUUAUCGGCACCAGUGAUGAGGACUUCGUUAUUGCUAUCCUUGUCGACAUACCUGAGGCUUCAUCGCACUUUUUGCACAAUCUCGAAGUCGUGCAAGAUCGCUUGAAAGUGCACGGUGCGCCGCCCUCGUAUAUUGGCAAGUUUAGCAACCUCAUCUCAACUUUGAGGGGCUAUCCCCAACCUGGCAGCAGCCGGUCCUCCCCGGUGGGACAGGUUCUAAAAGACAUAGUCAGGGACCACCCUCAUCUAGAGAUGCUAAGCGAGUCAAAUAAGCUUAACAAACCCGGUUCGGGUAGAGCCCUCAUCCCGUCUUAA